GGGGUCCAGGGCUGGAGGAGCUCACCCUCCACCCCGUGUGCCCUGCAGGAUGCCGCAGCUGAGCCUGUCCUGGCUGGGACUCGGGCCCGUGGCAGCCUCCCCGUGGCUGCUCCUGCUGCUGGUCGGGGCCUCCUGGCUCCUGGCCCGCGUCCUGGCCUGGACCUCCACCUUCUAUGACAACUGCUGCCGCCUGCGAUGCUUCCCGCAGCCCCCCAAACGGAACUGGUUUUGGGGUCACCUGGGCCUGGCGAAGAGCAACGAGGAGGGCUUGCGGCUGGUGGAGGACCUGGGCCACUACUUCCGUGACGUCCACCUCUGGUGGAUGGGACCCCUCUACCCCAUCCUGCGGCUCGUCCACCCUAAGUUCGUUGCCCCCCUGCUCCAGGCCCCAGCUGCCAUCGCACCUAAGGAUAUGUAUUUCUACAGCUUCCUGAAGCCCUGGCUGGGGGACGGGCUCCUGCUGAGUGCUGGUGACAAGUGGAGCCACCACCGCCGCCUGCUGACACCUGCCUUCCACUUCGAAAUCUUAAAGUCCUAUAUAAAGAUUUUCAACAAGAGUGCAGACAUCAUGCACGCCAAGUGGAAGCGCCUGGCCUCGGAGGGCAGUGCCCAUCUGGACAUGUUUGAGCACAUCAGCCUCAUGACCCUCGACAGUCUGCAGAAAUGUGUCUUCAGUUUCGACAGCAACUGCCAGGAGAAUCCCAGCGAAUAUAUUGCUGCCAUCUUGGAGCUCAGUGCUCUUGUGACAAAACGGCACCACCAGAUCUUCAUGCACAUGGACUUCCUGUACUACCUCACUCCCGACGGGCGGCGCUUCCGUAGGGCCUGUGACCUGGUGCACGACUUCACAGAUGCUGUCAUCCAGGAGCGGCGCCGCACUCUUUUUAGCCAGGAUUCGCAUGACCUCCUCAAGGCUAAGGCUAAGACGAAGACUUUGGACUUCAUCGAUGUGCUCCUGCUGGCCAAGGAUGAAGAUGGGAAGGGACUGCCAGAUGAGGACAUCCGAGCUGAAGCUGACACCUUUAUGUUUGGGGGACACGACACCACAGCCAGCGGCCUCUCCUGGGUUCUGUACAACCUCGCGAGGCACCCAGAGCACCAGGAGCACUGCCGGCAGGAGGUGCGAGAGCUCCUGAGGGACCGCGAGCCUAAAGAGAUUGAGUGGGACGACCUGGCCCAGUUGCCCUUCCUGACCAUGUGCAUCAAGGAGAGUCUGCGGUUGCAUCCCCCAGUCGCGGCCAUUUCCCGAUGCUGCACCCAGGACAUUGUGCUCCCGGAUGGCCGGGUCAUCCCCAAAGGGAACAUGUGUGUCAUCAGCAUCUUCGGGAUACAUCACAACCCGUCAGUUUGGCAGGACCCUGAGGUCUAUGAUCCAUUCCGCUUCAACCCAGAAAGCCCCCAGAAGAGAUCACCCCUGGCUUUUAUUCCCUUCUCUGCGGGGCCCAGGAACUGCAUCGGGCAGACGUUCACCAAUCGACAGUUCUUGAAGGUAAACCAGAGUCGAGCUGCAUGGUAUCUUCUCGAGGUGGAGACUGGGGGGCUGUUGACCAAUCAGCUGAAAGGACCAGCGUAA